UGAGGCGGUGCGCGGGCCGGGCGUCCACCGGUAACGCAGACUGGGCCCACGGGCAGCGCGAGGCCGGCUGGCCGGAGCCUGCGCGCCCCCGCGGGCGGCGGCCUCUUGAAAGGCCACGCGCACGCGCACGCCCCGCCCCCGCCGGCCUUGUGGCGCCCCGGGGGCCGCGGCGGGCACUCAAGUCAGCCGGAGCGCUCGGCGCCUCUCGGCCUCGGGAGCAACGCGUCCCGGGCGGCUUCUGACACUGCGUGCCCCCCCCGUAAGUGACAGCCGCCGACUCGCUCCACGCUGAUGACUUUUUAUCGCCCGCAGUGAGUCGCAAGUCUCACCCACGUCUUUUUACUUCAGAAACUACUUCCCCCUGGGACCUGGCAGGCGAGGGGGCCGCCCGCGAGCAGAGCCCGGCCAGGGGCGCAGCCCUCCCGAGGUGCCGUCGGGCGGGGGCUGCACGCAGGGCCCCUGCGGGUCCCCGGGAAACUUUGGGACGCGUCCCUCCGAGAACCGGCCGGCUGCACGUUUGCCGGGCGGCCGCAGGCUGAGGCGGCGGAGCGGGGCGGGCCUCCGGACGCAGCCCGGGGACGAGGAGGGGGCGUGGCUCCCGGCAGUAGCCUACAGUCAGGAUGAAUAGUGAUCAAGUUGCACUGGUUGGUCAAGUGUUCGAGUCCUACGUUUCAGAACACCACAAGAAUGAUAUUCUCCUCAUCCUAAAGGAGAGCGAUGAAGAUGCUCAUUAUUCUGUUGUAGUGAAUGCCAUGACUCUUUUUGAGACCAACAUGGAAAUUGGGGACUAUUUCACUGUGUUCCCCAAUGAAGUACUAACUGUUUUUGAUAAUGCACUCCGAAGGUCUGCCUUGGCAAUUUUGCAGUCUCUUUCUCAGCCUGAGGGUGCUUCCAUGAAGCAGAAUCUUCAUGCCAGGAUAUCAGGUUUGCCUGUCUGUCCUGAGCUGGUGAGAGAGCAUAUCCCUAAAACCAAGGAUGUGGGACAUUUUUUAUCUGUCACUGGGACCGUGAUUCGAACAAGUCUGGUGAAGGUGCUGGAGUUUGAACGGGAUUACAUGUGUAACAAAUGCAAGCAUGUAUUUGCAGUCAGUGCUGACUUUGAGCAGUAUUAUACCUUCUGCCGACCAUCCUCCUGUCCCAGCUUGGAGAGCUGUGAUUCCUCAAAGUUUACUUGCCUCUCAGGCUUGUCUUCAUCUCCAACCAGGUGUAGAGAUUACCAGGAAAUCAAAAUUCAGGAACAGGUUCAAAAGCUGUCUGUUGGAAGUAUUCCAAGAUCUAUGAAGGUUAUCCUGGAAGAUGACUUAGUAGACAGUUGCAAAUCUGGUGAUGACCUCACUAUUUAUGGAGUCGUAAUGCAACGUUGGAAGCCCUUUCAACAAGAUGUGCGCUGUGAAGUGGAGAUAGUCUUGAAAGCCAAUUACGUCCAAGUAAAUAAUGAGCAGUCCUCGGGGGUUAUCAUGGAUGAGGAGGUUCGGAAAGAAUUUGAAGAUUUUUGGGAAUACUAUAAGAGUGAUCCUUUUGCAGGAAGGAAUGAAAUACUGGCCAGUUUGUGCCCUCAGGUGUUUGGGAUGUAUCUAGUAAAGCUUGCCGUGGCCCUGGUCCUCGCUGGUGGGAUUCAAAGGACUGAUGCUACAGGAACACGGGUCAGAGGUGAAUCUCAUCUUUUAUUGGUUGGGGAUCCCGGGACAGGGAAAUCUCAAUUCCUCAAAUACGCAGCAAAGAUUACACCAAGAUCUGUGCUGACCACAGGAAUCGGAUCUACUAGUGCAGGUCUGACUGUAACUGCUGUAAAAGACUCCGGAGAAUGGAAUUUGGAGGCAGGGGCGUUGGUGCUUGCCGAUGCUGGCCUUUGCUGUAUCGAUGAAUUUAAUAGCCUCAAAGAGCAUGACAGAACCAGUAUCCAUGAAGCAAUGGAGCAACAAACCAUAAGCGUUGCUAAGGCUGGCCUCGUGUGCAAGCUGAACACAAGGACUACCAUCUUGGCAGCAACCAACCCUAAAGGCCAGUACGACCCGCAGGAGUCCGUGUCUGUGAACAUUGCCCUUGGCAGCCCUCUGUUAAGUCGAUUUGACCUGAUCCUGGUUUUGCUUGAUACUAAGAAUGAAGACUGGGAUCAUAUAAUUUCCUCCUUUAUCUUAGAAAAUAAAGGUUACCCAAGCAAAUCAGAGAAGCUCUGGAGUAUGGAAAAGAUGAAAACCUACUUCUGCCUCAUCAGGAAGCUACAGCCCUCACUGUCUGACGUGGGCAAUCAAGUCCUUCUGCGCUACUACCAGAUGCAAAGGCAGAGUGACUGCCGGAAUGCUGCACGGACAACCAUCCGUCUGUUGGAGAGCUUGAUACGAUUAGCAGAAGCUCAUGCCCGCCUAAUGUUUCGUGACACUGUGACUCUGGAAGAUGCUAUUACAGUGGUUUCAGUAAUGGAAUCUUCAAUGCAGGGAGGAGCACUGCUAGGAGGUGUGAACGCUCUCCACACUUCCUUUCCUGAAAACCCUCGGGAGCAGUACCAGAGGCAGUGUGAACUUAUUCUGGAAAAGCUAGAGCUGCAGAGCCUCUUGGGUGAAGAGCUUAGGAGACUUGAAAGGCAGUGCUGCUCUGGAUGCCGUAAAACAGCAGUUAAGGCACCAGAUCUCACUCCCAUUUCCUUCUCGAGCUUCAGUGCUUCCUAUCAACAAAGCCUUGAAAUUCUUUCUAGCAUGAUGAUGGCUCUCAAGCUGUAUGCUGACAGAUGGGUACUUCUCGAGCUGUCACAAGGCCUAUGGAGAAAAUCCAGUCAAUAUGUGCCAUGAUCGAGUUCAAGGGAACAUGCUCUGGAACAGAGGAGAAGCGCUAAGUCUGCAUUCGUGCAAUGGUCCCGUGGCUGGAGUGCCAGAUAGAGCAGCGCUGCCGUAAGGAAAUACACAGAUGGCCAGUGGGCCUGCAAAGCAGUCUGCAGAGUGGUUUUUCUUUGUUUCAGAAGUGACAGUUCUUCUGCUUUCGCUGGGAACUCUGUAUUUCUGAGAAUGCAGAAAACAAACUGGGAAGUGUCUCCUAUGAUUCAAAAAACAGGUCACAGGAUCUAAAGGGUACUUGGGCAGUUGGGAGCUCACACACACCUACUUGCUAAUGUUUGUUACAUGUCGUCUGCAUUGAGGAAAUGGGGGAGGGGAGAGGCAGCACUCCAGGAAGCCACGUGGUGAGCAGCAUGCGCUGGGAAAUGCCAGCAAGCCUGGCUCCCUGAUUUGGCAUGUAGACUCCACUCCUGUUUGACAUACUUCACCAGGCAGACGGGGUCUAAAGGGCUGUAUUCCCUGGACAAGCAGGAAUGAGUGAGGAAUUGGGCAAAUGUAGGUUGCUAUGCAGUUGUUUUGCUGUUGAUAUGGGAGCAAUGCCAGGCAGCAGUUAACUCCUGGGAACAUUUUCAUUAUUCUAUGGAGGUCCCAACCUUUGCAUGAAAGAACCAGUGCUAAUGUUUGCCGCAGUUCACAACAGUCAGGGAGCAAAUGGGCCUUCCAAACGCGCCGUUCUUGUUUCCUUGCUGGCUGAAAACCUCUUCCUGAGAUCUGCUUCUCACCGAAGUGGGGUUGUCCUGCAUUACCAGGUUCUAAAGAACUGCCUGUUGUGUGCGUUUGCUUUGAAUGUUAGCGAUUCUUUUCCUAUGUAGCAGUCAUGUUUUUAAGAUUGCUCAGCACUGGUUGUUUUGCCUUUAAACUUUAUGAUUUAAGAGCUGAUGAUUUUGCCUCGUCGUUAACUGGUGAAAUAAUGGGGUCAAAAUGAGGGUAACAGGAUUUCAAACUCCACUUUGACUGCAGACUUUCCUCUGAAAAAUGGUGAGGAAAGAAACGAACGAAAGGGAGGAAAGGAGAGGAGUAGGGAGAAGGGAAGGAAGGGAGGAAAUAAGAAGGAAAGGACAAAGGCCUGUUUGCGGAAAAGGCUGGAAUGGGAGACAUUUCUGACUGAAAUUAAGUCUGUCUGGGCUACAUUUGGUUAGUAUGCUCAUCCCGUGAUGACUUGUUUGAGUCAGCAAACAUCUUUACCGAGUGUAUUGCGUAUGAGGCUUAGGAGCAAAAGAGCACUUUGUCCACCACUUAAAUACAGACUCUUUAGAUCUGUUCCCUAAAAGGAAAUACAUUUUUUCAGUGAUUCACCUCAUAUUCUGUCUCCAUUUCCACUGCAAAAAUUCAAGUACGUAAGUACGUGUGACUUUUAGGGACACCAACCUGUUUGACAAGUUCGUGGGUCCUGUGUUCCCCAUACGCAAGUACCUUUACUGUCUUCACUCUGUCCUACUUUCCUGGCCUACACCACGUAAUCAAAGGUCUGGGAAGCAUAUUAUGUGUUACAGUCCCCAAAGUUUGCUUUUCAGUUCAGUCUUUGCACCCCUCCCUCCUAGGCCUGGUUUGCUUCCAUAGUACCUUUCUCAUGAACUCCAACCAUUGUCUCCUCUACAGCCUGUGAGCAAACUGGAAGGGCAGACCCUCGGCCUUGUUUGUCUUUGAAGUGAAGGCAACAAAGUCAAACUCUUAAUAAAUAUUUGUAGAAUGAAAUAAACGUUGCCCAAAACAGCUUUGUUUAUAUAUGCUGACCUUUGGCCUUCUAUUUUUAGGGGAUUGGGCUUUAAUAGUUCAUAGAUUUGUUGGUCAAAGUUUACAUGUAUUUAUAACUUUAACAGAUGUAGCCAGAUUGCUUUUCAAAAAUGCUAAAGCAACUCUUUUUCCCACAUCUUCGCCAGUAUUAGGUUUUAUUGAUCUUUUAAAUGUUUGCCAUUAAGUAAUAUCCCAUUGUUUAAUUUUUAUUUUCCUGGCUAUUAAUAUAUUUGAGUAUUUUUAUCUGUGUUUGUUGGUUUACAUUUGCUGUUCUGUGAAUUAACUUUUUGUGUGCUUUGGCAAUUUUAACGUGUAAAAGUUUGUAUUUAUACAUAUAAACAAAAAUAGGCCUUUUUACCUAAAAAUUUUAAUUCUAGGUAUAUAUCUUACAGAAAUACUUAGAUAUAUGAAGAAAAAUAAAUGCAUAAGUAUCUCAUUAGAGCAUGUUUGUUAUAACAAGAAAUAAAAUUAAAUAAAAAGAAAGUUAUUUAAUGAAUUAUAGUGCUUUUUCAUUGUAGAAUCGAAUGAGGAGUUUAAAAGCCUGGUAAAUAAACAGGUACUACAUAAAGGAUUUCAGCAGACUAAGAUGUGGAAUAUGUACUGCAUAAUCCUGUCCCAAAUUGUGCACUCACUUCUGCACGUUGUGGAAGAAAUUGACUUUCUUUUUGCCUUUAGAAAUGAUCAGAAGUUAUUAUUUGUCUUGCUGCAACGAACAAACAGCAACUGUAAAAGCUAGGUCAAAUUUAAAAGUUGCACUGAAUUCUUGUCACAAGGGCUAUAAAUUACUUUAGGUCCAUUUUUCUUGACUGUCACAAAAUACCUGAGGCAGCUAACUUAUAAAGAGAAAAAGGUUAUCUAGCUCACUGUUUUGGAGAUUCAAAGCCCAAAUCAUGUGGUACAGGCUUUAGCUCUGGUGAGGUACUCUUGGCAGGAGGAGGUAUUCCAUGAUGAGCCAGGAGGCAGAGACAGUGGGCAGGGCCCAAGUUCAGGGUUUUUCAACAGCCCUCUCAGAACCCAAGAGGUCACUCAAGAACUCCCAUUGAGAGCACAGUCCCAAUGAACUAAGGACCUCCCACCAGGCCUCAUCUCCUAAAGGUUCCACCACCUCCCAACAGCUCUCCCCUGGAGACCCAGCCUUUAACAUGGGAGUCCUUAGGAAAUGGUCCACAUCUAAGCCAUAGCUGCAGGAAAGAAAGAAAAAUACUGAGACACUACCCAGUGAGUAUUCGUCCCUAUAUGUUCAGUUAGCUCAAUUUACUAUCUGUCAGUCCUGUAUUAACUACAGGUUAUGACUUUCUAUAGUACUAAAAACAUUUUUUGGAAAUUAUGAUAUUAAUAGCCAAAGAUAGUUUACACUUCAUAUAGGUAAACACCAAGUUUGUGAUAAAAAGUGUUUGGUAGAGUCCUUAUGUGUCCCUACAGAUCCUCUCUGUUGAGUUCCCUAACUUCCAAAAUAACUUGUUACAAACAUUGAGUCAGGAAGUAAGUUCUUUGUGUUGUUCCAUGGAUCAUUAACAUUCUUUAUCCAGAAGCUUUCUUAUCAGCUUAUAGAAAAUAGCUGAAUAAAAUCAAAAGUAGGUCAAAUGAUUUGUUUUUUAGGUAAUAAAGUUUAUUUCAAGUUAAAAGAAGACACACAUUUCUUGUAUGCAUGUAUGUAUGUAUAUAAUUUUUUCCUUGUCAAAAAGGUUAUUUAACUAUGAAGCUUCCACAGUUUGGACAUGUAGGUGUAGGUCUGCAAACAUUUUUAGUGUAUGGAAAUGGGAACUAGAUGGAUGCACAUCUUAAUAGGAUUAUAUGUAGGGAGUGGGAAUGCAAAAGCGAGGAGGAAUGGUGAGGAGUUCAUUUUAUUCUGAAUACUUCUGUAAUGUUUACAUUUAAAAACCAGAAUAUUUCUAUUUUUGAUUCCUAUCUUGUUAAAAAACAAGAAGUACAAAUAACUAAAUAUUAGCAGGUUAGUAUUUUAGGUAUCUAUUGCAAAACUAUACAAGCAGUUUUGGAGAAGGUGGAUCCCCUUUAACUGUUGAAUAGUUUUCUGGAGAGUCACAUGAUCUGUUUAGAAAAUAAAUUGUUAUCAAAGGUACCACAUAUAGUGUAAGACUUUUAAAUCUGAAAUAUUACAUUGUUGAUUAGAUUUCUCUAGCAUCUCAACUCCUGCCCCUCAUUAGUGUGGUAAAACGCAACCAAGAAUGAGUUCAUCUUCAUGUCUUCCCUGUUCUGCACCAGGUCUCUCCAGGCUGCCUUCCUUUUUUCCCCUAACCAUCCUAUCCCAUUCCUAAUAGUAAGUAUUCCGUCAAUUUGCCAUUCUUUCCAAACAUUAACUCCAAAUGAAGCAUUUCACUGGAUUAUUACCAUUUCAUUAUUUCAGGCUAGACCUUCAGAAGUCUGAGAAAGCUGACCUUGACUGUCUCGCUCAUAGUUAUCUCCCAGAAUGCAGCAUGCUGUUACUGUUAGCAUGCAGUAAACAUUUUGGGAAUGGAUGAGUAAAUAAGUGAAUGAUGGUCUACGAAAAGUAGAUGGGGAUGCAUAUGAUAGGGAAACAGGAGAGAAGGUGGGCAGCCUAGAGGGACCAGUGCACUGUGCCAUGGAGUUGGAAUAAAACUCAUGUUAUGUCAUCUCCCCAAGAGACCUCAUUAGCCUGGGAGCAGACAGGGAAGACAUGAAGAUGAGCUCAUUCAAGGUCACACAUUUGCCAGGCCAAUGAGGGAGGGAAAUGAAAUCGAGAUACUAGAGAAGUGAUCGAAGAGAUGGAUUGUGGGAGCCCAGUUAAAGAGAGUGGACAGGAGGAGGCUUACAGGGAAAGACUACAGAUUGAACUCAUGGGUGAAAGUCCUGUUGGAAAGUGUGUGAAGAGCAGCUAAAUCAAAGCUGGAAGAGGAAGGAGUUAUGACCGGGAAGAAAAACUUCCACUGUGUCAUUCGUGAAACAGUGCCACGUGAUAAUGGUGUGGCCGAGGUGAACAGAGGGAUCCUUCAAUUUGAGAGGUCAAAAAAAGCGAGAGGCCUCCGGCACACUGGGUAAAUAUCACCAGGUAGAUGUUGUAGGUGCCAAGUUAGUCUGUGUUCUGGGAAGGGAGAACAGUUUCCAGUGCCAGGAGGAACUCUUACCUCGUAGACCACAUCGGUGAGGAGAAUGGAAGGGAAAAAGGAAUUCAAUGUACAGAAGUGUAAAUAAGUGAGGUUAAUAUGCCAUAGUGGUGCUACUGGUGCCUUAGAGUGCAGAGAAGAGUUCAACGAGAACUGAAUUCUGAAAGAUGGUGAAUAUUUUGUAAAUUCUGUUGCUUAAAAUAAGCAGAAUAUGAAAUAAAAAUUCUAGGAAGUUCAAAUACAUGUUUCCUUAGAUGAGAUUACCUUAAAAUAAAAACUGAAGUAAUAUUAAAACGUUCGGAGCCUCUCAGAAGACCUACCCUCUCAAAGGGGCUCUGUUUUGGAAGAGCGCGGUAGUUUGUCGGUUCCGGCUCUGCUCAGGCAUUCCUAGAAUGCCUGAGAGUGCGUGUAGUUUCACAGGAUUCCACUUUCAGAACAUGAACAGGUCCUGACAAAAAAAGCUCUUGCUUUUCAGUGUGUACUUCAGGAUAAUGAUAGAAACACAGAAGCGUCAUUUCUGGGAUUUUGACUGCAGAUGAACUUGGACCUUAAUAUAAAGAAAACUACUGUUCCCUUUCUCUGGAAAGUGAAAUAAAAAACAACCCUCUUGUCUGAGUAUCUGAGUUCUAGGAUUCAGUGUGACACAAUGUGUUGAACUUCACAAGCAGGAUUCAAGUCCUUCCCAUACGAAGAGCUGUACCUGAAGAUCUGGGCCAGGCACCUCCAUGAAACACUAUAAUACUACUGGCAGAGCUGCUCCCGACACCACCAAUUAGCACAGUGCUAACUGCAGGCAGAAAGCCGAGAGCAACAAUGCGGGGUGGGCUUAGCAAAGAAGGCCUCCCAGGCAUUGCAUACAUGCACAAGGGCAGAGAAAGAAUUCACACCAGGGAGGGAAAUUAUUUAUGGCAUUGCAAGGGUGAAAGGAGAUUUCUUCAGAUCUGCUGUGCCUCUGUGCUAGUGUUGUGUCAUAUGGAGUUACCAUUCCCAUUAAAUGAUUAAAAUGUGCUGGAGGACUUGGAAUCCCUUAAGAACACCUGUGUGAAGGGCUGCCACACCUCCAAUUAUGCUUUUGGCACAAAUGCCAUGUCAGAUUGGUGUCUGGAAAAGGACUGGAAUUUGGAAAACUCCAUAAUAACUUCUUGCAUUGUUUUUGUUCUUUAUUUUGUGCAAACUACACGUAACAUGCCAUUAACAACUUCUUACAACUCAACAGAAUAAAGGUCUGUAAGAGUGACUUUCUAGCUAACUGGGUUUGUAGUGGAAAUUUCUUACUAGGGAGAGAUGGAUUUGGUUCGGGGUUUAUGCACAAGCCCUUAAUGAGCCCAUGCCAUGCCUUAUAGCUGAACUUCAACCAUUUUCUCUUCUACAGUUCCAUUGACAGAAAUUGUAUCUCUUCCUCUCUUCUAUAAAUUGUGUAAGCUCAAAGGGAUGUUUUGUACUUUCUUAGCAUCAUCUUACAGCGUGGGUUGAAGUAUCAAAAAAACAAGAAACCAAAAUCUAGUGCGAAGAGGGAGGGUAUGGGAAGGUAUACGUCCCUGACUUGUGAAGAGAAGACAGCAGCGCCCUUCAUUUUCUUACAGAGAUCACUUGGCCCCAUGAGCUUAUUAAAGCAGAAGAAGAAAUGAGUUGAGAGUGGGAUAGGGUGUGCGUGGGUGAUGUGGUUACUUAGCAACAGGGAAGCUUCCGGCCAAUGUUCUGUAUUGAACAAAGGAAAACAGAACAGCAGGGAACAAAUGAAUGGGGAAAAUGAAAGAGAGGAAAGCAGAUGUGGUGGUGGGGAGAGAAGGCAAAGAGGAAAAUGACAUAUAAAACAGGGAACAAUAUGAAAAUGGCUGUGGUAGAUACUUAAAAACCAGUAAAUUAUGAAUAAAAAUAAUUGGGGAAGACGAGUAAGUGAAGAAAUAUACAAAUAGCCAAAAGGGUAACAUAAUGUCUGCAGUGGACACAGCCAGACAAAGGGUGGUGUAAGAUGGCCCAGGGUGGUAAACCCUCUGCUUGAAAUUAGAGGGAACCUAGGCAAGGUGCUAAAAACCACGCCAAGCCACGCAAGUCUGAUUAAGUCACUCAGAAAUGAUACAGUAGGCAAGAUAACUCCAGGGACAUAUUUAUAGCAGUAAUAAUAGGUAUAAACCCUUCGAAUGAUCCUAAAGUAACAGAUUUUUAGACCAUAACAUCAGACAAUCCCAAAAGGGUAGCUCCAAGAUAAUUGGAUAUACCCAGGAUUAGGCAAGAAAACAUCUUUGUUUCCUCUAAACAGUUUACUCCACCAUCAUAUCACAGAGUAGGUCAAUGAACAUUCACUACGGAUGGUGGUGACUUGAUGAUUUCCCAGUGCCUUUGUCAUGGGGCAUGUGUGUCUUCAUUUAUGUUGCAUGGCAGGUAGAGAAGUUUUUUA